AUGAGCGACGACGACGGUGGAUGGGACGACGACGACUUCGAGGUCCCGGACGUCACCAAACUCACCCUCGCCCGAGACGCCCCCGUGCGCGAUAAGUUCGCGGACGAAGACGCGGAGACGGCGGAGGAACGCGCGGGGCGAGAACAUCGCGAGCGCGAGAUCGCGGCGCUUCGAGCGAAGACGACGGCGGCGAAAAAGGUGAAGGAGAUUAAGAGCGCGGUGUCGUACGAGGAUGAUGAUGACGCGCUGAGUGAUCCCGCGGCGGAGAAGGCGCGACGGCAGCGGCUGGUGGAGGAGGCGGAUCUGCGCGCGGCGCGCGAGCUCUUCGGCGGCGGAGACGUGGAGCUGGAGACGUUCGAGCCGAAGGGGAAGGGUGACUUUGAAAAGCUCGGGAGCGCGGUGGCGCACAAGUAUUUGUCGAGGCAUGAGGGGGGGGCGCACUACGUGCACGCGAUUAAGGCGUUGUUGCGAGUGGCGACGCGCGAGCUCACGGCGGCGGACGUGAAGGAGGUGGAGGUCGCCGUCGUCGCGGCGCGCACGGAUAAGGUGAAGAAGGAGAAGGCGGAGGCCGAGGCGGCGAAGAAGGCGGCGGCGAACUCUAAGAAGGGUAAGUUCUUGAACGCCGGCGGUGGUAAGACGGGCGCGGGUGGAGGGUUGGAUGACUUCAAGUACGCGGUGGACUCCGUGGACGACGAGUACGACUUCAUGUGA